AGGUUAAACCGAGGAUCGUAUUUUUGUUCCUGUGUCAACGAAAAGAAGAAAAGAAGAGUAGCCAGUGAGAGCAGGCUAAGUUUUCAUCAAAGAUAGUUUCUUUUCUCAAACAUUACAGAAAGGUUUCCUCACGUCUGACACCAGCAAGACACCAACGGCCUCAGCAGAACUCCUUUUGAAGAUGAACUCCAAUGUGGAGAAUUUGCCUCCUCAUGUUCUUCGCUUGGUCUACAAGGAGGUUUCAGCUUUAGCAGCAGACCCGCCUGAGGGUAUCAAGAUUUAUCCCAGCGAGGAGGACAUAACUGAGCUACAUACAGCCAUCGAAGGACCGGAGGGAACUCCAUUUGCUGGCGGCGUUUUCCGAAUGCGUCUGGUCCUCGGGAAGGACUUCCCUGCGGUUCCACCCAAGGGGUAUUUCCUGACCAAGAUUUUUCACCCCAAUGUGGGUCACAAGGGAGAAAUCUGUGUCAACGUGCUGAAGAGGGACUGGAAGGCAGAACUCGGCCUCAGACACGUCUUACUCACAAUCAAGUGUCUUCUCAUCCAUCCGAAUCCCGAGUCGGCUCUGAACGAAGAGGCCGGGCGUUUGCUGUUGGAGGACUAUGCAGAAUAUGAGUCCCGAGCUCGUCUGCUCACAGAGAUCCACGCCAUGGGCGGGACCUCGGGGGCACCUCAGGACCCUAAUGACGGCCCACAGCCGAAGAAGCAUGCAGGUGACCCCAUGAAGAGAGCAGGGCCCAGCGCAGCAGCUGUGCCUGCUGCUCUGGGUAACGGAGCGAACGGAGCCAGCACCACCAGCAGCAAUAGCAACAGCAGUAGUAGCACUAAUAAUGUAGCAGGGAAAAAGAAAGCAGAUAAAAAGCGUGCAUUGAGGCGACUUUAAUACCUCCACGAAAUUCUCAGUGUGUGUGUGUGUGUACGUGUGUGAGCGCGGGAGUGUGUAAAUAUAAAUAUUGAAGUGUGCUGACAAUGUUUUUGUUCCCUAUUUUCUGAGUCUUUCUACCACCUGUCCAGACUGUCCACUUUGUACUCAUACCGUAACUUCUGUUUUGCCUUCAAGUUGUUGUUAUUUC